GAUCGUAUAAUUACUCUAUGGUCUUCAUAUUGCCUAAACUAUACUCCUUAAAAUUAAAGCGUUAGUAAUUCUUCCCUUCCUAACGGACAAUAUUUUGUUUAACGCCACAACAAAGUACAAACCACAUUGGCUACACUGAAUUCAAACAUUUCUAACUACUAUUUCAUUUGAAUUUCCGUUGAAUUUUAUCACAGUUUUUUAGUAAGAAGUUCUUACUAAUUCUUAAGAGUAUAGUAAGUAUUAUAGUAACUGUAGUGUGUAUACACCUUGGUUUCACUUAUAAUUUAUUAUACCACUAUUAGUUAUUACCACUAUUCACUGUUACUGUUCAGUCUUCUGUGUACACUGUACAGUGUAGUGGAUUUAUGAGUUAAGACUUGUACUUUGUAGAUACCAAUUACAAUUUACAAGCCAUAGAAUUAUAUUUUGUGGUUGUUAUAUAAUUAUAUAAUUUUGUGUAUUAUAUAUGACGGAGUACGAAAAAAUUUUCAUUAAUUCGUUAAUGUGUCAUGGAGUCUUCAAUACCUAACAGUAGUACGAGUUCGUCUAAGUCGAUUACAUUAAAUUAUGAAAUGGAUAGUUCCAAUGAAGAUAUUGAUCAACAGGUUUUACGAGAAGCUGGGGAACAAACUAUUAGUGCAGAAUGGUCAGCUACAGUAUCUGCAUUAAAUUCAUUAGACACUACUUCAAGUAAUUCUUAUAUUAAUAUUGAGACAUUAAAAUCGUGUUGUGCUAAUCCGUCAGAUACUCUUAAAGAUAAAGAAGAUUUUAUGAUUUUUGAAUCUUCUUCUGCGGUAAACACGUCAAAGUUUAAUGCCAAUGACACAAAAUAUAAUUUAGAAUGUAAAACUACAGCAUUUCAAAAAAAACCUAAACUAAUUUCUCAAAAUUUUAGUCGUGUGUUUGAGAAUGUUUUAAAUGAUGAUAGUCAGAUGGAGAUAACUCAGAAUAGUAUUUGUUUGAAUCGCUUCCAAAAGCGUAAGAGAUUGAUACCUUCUAAUGAUGAAGAUUUUAUUGAAAUUAACAAUUCCAAUUACAGUGGCUUAGAUAAUGUGGAAAUUAGCAUGAUGAAAUCUCCAAAAUUUUGUUUUUCCAAAAAAAAAAAAAAGGAAAAAUUUGAUAUGCCAGAUUAUAAUUUGUCUGCCACAGAGAGUGUUUCAAUUGCUGAUGAUACUAAUAUAUCUAAAAUAAAAGAAAAUAUCUCAAAUUUGCCUCUUGUUGUAAAUGAUAAUUCCAACAAUAUCAUGGAAGUAUCCAAAGCAGAAGUCUUAAUACAAAAAUUCAGUCGCAAAACAAUUGGUGUACCUGAUACUGCAUUUGAUAAUAUUAUUAAUGAUUCAAGCUUGAUAUCUGAUAUUGCACCCAAUAACAAAACGACAUCCUUGAAUGAAAUUUCAGUUUCAAAUAUUAAUAGCACUCCAAUGUUUAGCAAAACUAGUAUGUCAAAUUUAAAUUAUACUUAUGACGUACCUAUUAAUACUAAUUAUAGUACUGUCAAAAAUUCAAUUUCUGGUGAUGUUGAUGUAUCUAGAGUAAAACAAAAUAUUGUUUUUAAAAAACCAUUAAAUUCUUCUAUUCUUAUAAAUGAUAGCUCCAAUAAUAUGGAUGCAUCUAACACAGAAAUCUUUAUACACAAGUUUAAUCGAAAAAAAAUUGAUAUAACUAAUUCUGCAUUUGACAAUAUUCUUAAUGAUUCAAGCAUGACAUUUGAUAUUAGGAUGAAUAACAAAAAUACAUCUUUAAACGAAAACUCAGUGUCAAAUGUUAAUAGCACUCCAAUGUUUAGUAAAGCGAGUGUGCCAAAUUUAAAUUAUACUUAUGAUGUACUUAUUAAUACUGAUUCUACAACAGUUAAAGAAUCAAUUGCUGAUGAUGCUGAUAUAUCUAAAGUAAAACAAAAUACUGAUUUUAAAAUACCAUCAAAUUUAUCUCUUGUAAAUGAUAACUCCAAUAAUAUGGAUGUAUCUAACACAGAAAUCUUUAUAAACAAGUUCGGCCGAAAAACAAUUGAUGUAGCUGAUUCAGUAUUUGAAAAUAUUAUUAAUGAUUCAAAUAUUACAUCAGAUAAUUUAUUAAAUAACAAAGAUACAUCCUCAAAUAAGAUAUUAGUGACCAAUGUCUAUGAUACUCCAGGAUUUAGUAAGAUAAACAUAUCUAAUUUAAACCAUACCUAUGAUAAACCUAUAAAUAUUGAUAGUUCUAAAAUUGAUGUUUCUAUCACUGCUGAUAAUAAAAUAGUUAAAGUAAAACAAAAUGCUGGUUUUAAAAAAUCAUCUACAUUUGUUAAUGAUAGCUCUGACAACAUUAUGGAUUUAUCCAAAACAGAAGUCUUUACACACAAGUUCAGCCGAAAAACAAUUGAUGUAACUAAUUCUGUAUUUGACAAUAUUAUUAAUGAUUCAAGUAUGAUUUCUGACAAUACAUUAAAUAAUAAGAAGUCCUUGAUUCAGACACCAGUGUUAAAUAUUGAUAGCACUCCAGUUUUUAAUAAAAUGGACUCUUCUAAUUUAAAUCAUUACAGUAAUAAAUCCCAGAAAACUCAAUCAAAAGAAUCAAUAAUCUCUACUUCAAGUAAUGAAGAUUUAUCAUUAACAAAUUCUUCUACUGGAUUUUUAGAAAGACGUAGUUCAUCUAGAAGUAAAUCAAAAUCAUCUAAACAUUCAACAAGUGCUAUUUCAAACAAUGAUGCUUUGACAUUAUUAAAUACUACUAUGGAAUCAUUGGAAAGUAAUGAAUCUCAGAAAUUACUGUCUGAGCAUUCAAUUAGUCCUACUAAUAAUGAAAGUUUAAAAUCAACAAAUUCCACUACUGGAUUUUCAGAAAGACGUAGUUCGUCUAGAAAUAAAUCAAAAUCAUCCAAACACUCAACAAGUGCUAUUUCAAACAAUGAUGCUUUGACAUUAUUAAAUACUACUAUGGAAUCAUUGGAAAGUAAUGAAUCUCAGAAAUCACUGUCUGAGCGUUCAAUUAGUCCUUCUACUAAUAAUGAAAGUUUAAAAUCAACAAAUUCCACUACUGGAUUUUCAGAAAGACGUAGUUCGUCUAGAAAUAAAUCAAAAUCAUCCAAACACUCAACAAGUGCUAUUUCAAACAAUGAUGCUUUGACAUUAUUAAAUACUACUAUGGAAUCAUUGGAAAGUAAUGAAUCUCAGAAAUCACUGUCUGAGCGUUCAAUUAGUCCUUCUACUAAUAAUGAAAGUUUAAAAUCAACAAAUUCCACUAUAGGAUUUUCAGAAAGACGUAGUUCUUCUAGAAAUAAAUCAAAAUCAUCUAAACAUUCAACAAGUGCUAUUUCAAACAAUGAUGCUUUGACAUUAUUAAAUACUACUAUGGAAUCAUUGGGAAGUAAUGAAUCUCAGAAAUCACUCUUAAAACGUUCAAUUAGUUCUACUAAUAACAAAAGUUUAAAAUCAACAAAUUCUACUACUGGAUUUUCAGAAAGACGUAGUUCUUCUCGAAAUAAAUCAAAAUUAUCUAAACAUUCAACAAGUGCUAUUUCAAACAAUGAUAGUUUGACAUCAUUAAAUACUACUAUGGAAUCAUUGGGAAGUAAUGAAUCUCAGAAAUCGCAAUCGAAGCGUUCAAUUAGUCCUUCUACAAAUAAUGAAAGUUUCAAAUCAACAAAUUCUACUACUGAGAUUUCAAAAAGAUGUAGUUCGUCUAGAAAUAAAUCAUCAUUAUUGACAUCUAAACAUUCAACAAGUGUUAUCUCAAACAAAGACAGUACAGCAUUGUUAAAUUCUACUACUGGAUUUUCAGAAAGAUGUAGUUCUAGAAAUCAAUCAACAUCAUCUAAACAUUCAACAAGUGCUAUUUCAAAUAAUGAUAAUUUGACAUCAUUAAAUACUAGUAUGGAAUCAUUAGAAAGUAAUGAAUCUCAGAAAUCGCAAUCGAAGCGUUCAAUUAGUCCUUCUACAAAUAAUGAAAGUUUAAAAUCAACAAAUUCUACUACUGAGAUUUCAAAAAGACGUAGUUCAUCUAGAAAUAAAUCAUCAUUAUUGACAUCUAAACAUUCAACAAGUGUUAUCUCAAACAAAGACAGUACAGCAUUAUUAAAUUCUACUACUGGAUUUUCAGAAAGAUGUAGUUCUAGAAAUCAAUCAACAUCAUCUAAACAUUCAACAAGUGCUAUUUCAAACAAUGAUAGUUUGACAUCAUUAAAUACUACUAUGGAAUCAUUAGAAAGUAAUGAAUCUCAGAAAUCGCAAUUGAAGCGUUCAAUUAGUCCUACAAAUAAUGAAAGUUUAAAAUCAACAAAUUCUACUACUGGAUUUUUAGAAAGACGUAGUUCGUCUAGGAAUAAAUCAUCAUUAUUGACAUCUAAACAUUCGACUAGUGUUAUCUCAAGCAAGGACAGUACAGCAUUGUUAAAUUCUACUACAGGAAUAUCAGUAAAUGAUAAAUCAGCUAAAAAUAAAUCUCAACAUUGCACAAGUGUUAUUUCAAAGAAUGACAAUUUAACAUUGUUGAAUGCCACUAUAGAAUCAGUUGAAAAUUAUAAUGCUCAGAAAAUUCAAUCCAAACAUUUAAAAAGUCCUACCUUUAAUACUGAAACUUCAACAACUUUGAAUACCACAACUGGAUCAUUAAAACAAAAUAUAUUGGAACAAAAAAGUAAUGGUCUGAGUAAUGUAGAACCAGUAACUUCAAUUGAUAUUGAUAAAUUAACCAAUACUGAUUGUUUAACAAUUAAGGAUACUACUACUUUGGAACAAAAAGUCAUGUCAAUAAAUCAAUCAAAUUCUUCACCAAAUAGUUCUAUUAAAAUGUCCAUCAAUAGAUUAGAAGAUGAUCCUAAUUAUAAUAAUAAAAUACAUAGUUUAUUAUCAAAACAAGAAAACCAUUCUCAUGAUAAUAUUGAACAAGUAAUACCAAAUAUUACAGAUGGCUCAUUAGUGGAAAAUAAAUCAUCUAAAACUAGAGUAUUAAGAUCUUCUUUGCGUAAUAAUAAAAACAAGUCUUUAUUUACUAAAUCAUUGGCGUCAAAAAAUAUAAAUAAUUUAUGUACGGGUUCUGCUAGAUCUUCAAAAAAUGUAGUUAAUUUUGAAAAUGAAAGUUUUAAUAAUAAUUCUGAUAAUUCAUUAUUUUGGACAACAUUACCUGAUGAAACCACAAGCAUAUCAAGUACUCAUAAUGUAAAUGUGAAUACAUUUCAAACGCCUAUAAGUAAUAAAUUAAUUAUUGCAGAAAAUAUUGUCAACACAAUUAAAAUCAUGUCUACAAAUAAACAAAAAUCUACUCAUCCAGGUGCUUUUGUACUUGAUGAUCAUAAUAAUGGGCCAUUAACAAGAUCAUUUGUAACACGUUCAUGUAACCACAGUCCUUCAAUUCUAACUUUGGCUUUUGGUGGACAACAAAUUUCUGAAUCAACAUCAUCGCUCACACAUUCUCUCUCAGAAACUAUCAUUGAUCAAUCACAGAUUGAAGAAAAUAUAAAACAAAAGUUCAAAUCACUGUAUAAGAAAGAAUCAUGGAUUACAAAACGUCUCUACAAAUUCUUAAUUAUUAAAUUGCAACCAAAUUAUAAUAUAUAUUCAGUGAAAUAUGCAGAAAAGUUUAUUAAAUACCUAGCAAUGCUUUUAAAACAAAUUUAUAACGAUAAUGUAAAUUUACAGUUGUAUACAGAUAUGUUAAGAUACCAUAUGGCGAGAUAUGGAAUCAUCAAAGAUACAUUUGAUUACUUAGGGUUUUUGUCUGAUUAUAUACCAAUGGCUUAUUAUAAAAAAUUAGUUCCUGGGUGGAACCUUGAAAUUUCAGCAGUCAAAUUUGAUCCACAAAAAUAUUAUAUUCCUCUCAUGGAUGACGAAGAAUUCUUAAAUUAUAUUAUGAAACACCUUAAAGAAGCUUAGUAAAACCCUGUUUACCUAUUGAUAAUUAAAAAUACAUUAAAUUGGUGUUAUUUAUAUAUUAUAUUAUUAUAAUUUUGUAUGAAGUGGAAUGAAGAAAAUAUUUUAUUUAGAAGUUAAUUAUUUAUUUAGUUAUCAGUUUAAUUUAAUGUACUAAAUAAAAAUAUAGUUUGUAAUUUUUUAAAUAUAAUAUUUAAUAUUUUACUACUGAACUUUUUAACAAUAAAACUAAAUCAAUGUUAUGUGAAUUUAUGCUUAAAAAUAUUUUUUUUUUUUACUGUAGUCAAAUGAAUGUAAUUGUUAACUAAAAUUUUAUAUUUUUUUUUUUUUUUUUGCAUAAUUAAUUUCUACUUGUUAAGAAAAUAUGUUUGUAGCUUUUUUAACUGUUUAGUUAUAAAACAAAAAAAUAUUUUUUUUUACUAUUAGUAAAUGCCAGUUUUUGGUACAAUUAAAAUAAAAUUCCAGUUCUUUUUUAAUAUGUACAGUAUAAUAUUGAUUAAUAACAUGUAUACGAAAUUAGGGGGGGACUACCAUAUUUACGAAAAAGAUAAAUGGAAGUUCAUAUGAUAAUAUUUAUGAAAACAUUUUAACAUUGUAUACAGUAAUGUACUGUGUUAUUCUUUUAUCGAACAUUAAAAAAAAUUUUUUUUUUUUUACAUAAUUUUCUGCUGAAAUAAAGUAACAUUUUUUAACUUUUA